CCCAAUCAUAUUACUGAAUUUAUAUCACAUGGCAAGAUUUUGCCCAUUCAGAAUUAUUUGGGAAUUUCCCUGUUGGAAUAUCCUGUAAUGGCGUAAAACUGUUUACAAGUAGUGUUGUUACAAAGUGUUUUACUCUGUAUUUCACCAACAUCGUAAUGGUUAAUGGCCGUCAUCUGUUUCAAAAGAUAAAACUGUCUUAAAGGGUUUUUUUCUGGAGACGAAUUCUGUUUCUUGCAAAAAUCAACGAAGAAGAUAUGGAGGUAGUAAACGAUGACUCUAACGACUCGGUUCAGCUUCCCCUCGACAUGUCGGGACCCCUACUACAGUCGAAGUACGAGCCCACCGAAUUACAGCAGCAGAUUUUCAACGGGGACUACCCAAUGAUGAACGGCCAUAUCCGAGAUGAAUACCAGCCGCGUAUCAUCAUCGUGGAGCAGCCCCAGCAGCGAGGUUUCCGCUUUCGCUACGAGUGUGAGGGUCCAUCCCACGGGGGGCUGCAGGGGGAGAAGAGUCGGAAGAACCAGAAGAGUUACCCGGCCAUACGGGUUGAAAACUAUUCUGGCUCUGUCCGUAUGGUGGUUACCUUGGUGACAGAUGAAACGGUUCCGAAACACCAUGCUCACAAGUUGGUCGGCAAGAACUGCAAUAAUGGGAUAUGUGCGUUUGAUGUGAAAGCAGCAAACCAAAAUAUAACAUUUCCCAAUCUCUGUGUUCUUCAUGUGACUCGAAAGAAAGCGUCCGAGGUUUUGGAAAAGCGGAUAAUGGAGUCCAUGCUGCUUGACAAACGGGUCAAGUUAAGUAACCUCCAAGCUGAAGUAUUCAUUUCAGAUCAGGAAAAGGAGAAUGCGAGAAAACAGGCCCGUGAGCAGGCAAAAAGUAUGUCUCUGAAUGUGGUGCGGCUCUGUUUCCAAGUCUACCUUAUUGACGAGAACGAUCAGUACAGCAAACUUCUUCCAUCAGUCAUCUCACAACCCAUAUACGACAGCAAGUCACCUGGUGCAUCAGCUUUAAAGAUUUGUCGAAUGGACAAAUAUGGUGGAUGCUGCACUGGAAACGAAGAAGUGUUUCUUUUGUGUGAGAGAGUUCAGAAAGACGAUAUCCAGGUUCGUUUUGUUGAGUACAACGAUGAUGAGUCUAUUAAGUGGGAAGACUUCGGCAACUUCGGUCCCCUCGACGUUCAUCGCCAGUAUGCUAUAGUGUUUCGUACUCCAGCAUACCGAGAUACAAAAAUAGAAAAAGCUGUCAAUGUUAUGAUCAUGCUGCAGCGAAAGUCGGACGGGGAAGUGAGCGAGCCAAAAGCCUUCACAUACUACCCCCAGAAUCUCGACAAAGACGGCAUAGCGAGAAAGAAAAGAAAAAUCAUACCUCCACUGGAUGGCUUCCCGCCCAUGUUCACCGGGGGAGGGUUUGGAGCGGGGGGUGGAGGAGGAGGAGAAGGGGGAGGUAAUGGUGGAUUUGGAAGGGUUAGCAGAGAAGCCAACCGAGUGAUUUUGCCUAAUGGAAAUGUCGUCAAGCAGGAAGGAAAUGUUCCAGCAAUGGUGGAUGAAGCCAUUAAGGCCUGUUUCGACGAGAACCCCUCGGAAUAUAAUCCUAUGGACGACUACUUGAAUAUCUGCAAUGACCUUGAAGUUGACAGUGAACCUUUCCAAGGUCCCAUUUCACUUAAGCAGCAUGAACGUUUUCUGCAGUCACAAAAUGCCCGAAAGGAGAAACUGGAAUCUAAGACCGACAGUGUUACUGGUGCGAUGAAGAACCUUUCAAUGGAAGAAGAAGACCGGUCACAGAAGACUGAGUCUACAACCAAACUUGAUUCACCCACAGAGUCUGGUAAGGAUGACACUAUGGCUGCAGUUACGUCAGUUACACAGAGUGGUGUGGAUGUGACCAGGACUAGAGUUCCGCCUGAUUCCCCUACACAGAGUGGUAGUGAGUCAUCAAAGAGGAAGACAGCAGCCGGUUCCCCCGUACAGAGCUGUAAAGAGACUGAGUGUAAGGUCGUGCCGUCUGGACAGUCGGACGGUGCCAGGACCGACGAGGGUUUCUCGGAGACUUCGUCGUCGCGUGGUGAUGCGUCUCCACAACACAGAGUCCUGUCUCAGCCUCGGGGUUCUAACCCAGCACAACUGACGUCGACGAAGCCAGCCAAGAAGCUGGAGGCGAUGCGAAUCGCCCAGAGAACCGUGUCCGCACUGCGCGACUAUGCGGAGACCAGUGACAUCCGCUACCUGCUCCUCGUGCAGCGCCAUCUGGCGGGUGUCUCAAAUGAAAAUGGAGAUUUACCCCUGCAUCUUGCAGUUAUCAAUAACCAGGCGCCAGCUCUGCAGUGUUUGUUGGAUGUCAUGGCAACGCUGCCGAACGCAAAAAAGAAAAUCAACGCCUGCAACCUUCUGAGACAGACCCCUCUUCACCUGGCCGUGGUGACACAGCAGAGCAACGCGAUCGAGAUCCUGCUGCACGCUGGCGCCGACCCCUCACUGGCCGAUCGCCAUGGCAACACUCCCGCCCACCUGGCUGUGCUGAACCAGUCGCCUCAGUGUCUGCAGUCGCUGGUGAAGUACCUUCGUCCAGGCGUGACAGCAAACAAACCAUUCCCCGAGCUGAACUAUCUUAACUACGAAGGCUUCACGCCUGUGCACCUAGCGGCCCAGCAUGGUGAUGUUGCGAUGUUGCGAACGCUGGUGUACGGGCAGGCCAACGUGAACGUGGCCGACGGGAAGAGUGGCCGCACUGCGCUGCACCAUGCCGUCGAGGCUGACGAUCUGCCCAUGGCCGGAUACCUACUGAUGGAGACGAAUGCGGACGUGAACAGCCGGUGUUUUGAUGGUAACACGGCUCUCCACAUCGCGUGUGGGCGGAACCUGGUCGGCAUGGUGGCGCUCCUCAUGACGGCUGGAGCCGACCCGGACAUCGAGAAUGAGGAAAUUCCGUCCGAUGAGAGUGACAACGAUGUGGAGGAGGAGGGGGAGGAACACAGUGGGGGGAGCUGGAACCGGAGAGGACUGACGCCGGCUGACUACGUUCAGGACAACGAGCGGAUCAUGCGUGUGUUGGAAGGAGACAUGUACCAGUCAAACAGCUGCCCCGAGUUUGACCUGGCGAGUGAUGACCUGCGAGAAGACUCUGGCCCGGCGACCCCGCCCGAAGUGACAACGGCGCUGUACAAGUCACAUCACGAGAGUGGACUCGGCAGUCUCAACAUCAGACUCUUCCAGCAGGGUGACUUGGAAAAGAUGGAUUUCUUGUCUCGAAUAGAAUUGUCUGGCUUGCUGGAUGCGAGACAUGAGGGGAAGGACGUGUUCACUCUGGCAGAGAAACUCGGCUUCACCAACCUGCAGAACACACUGCAGGGCAUGGACACCUCGCCCACACGCUUUCUCUUCGACUACUACGAGGCGAAUGACGGCACUGUAACAAGUUGUUGCUGGAAAGUGGUCGUGUUGAUUCUGGAGUUGGCAGCAUUGGUAGCAAAGUGUUCCACAAAUGUUAUAUGUUACAUGGACAGAGAAUUAAGUUCAUUGCUACCAGUUGUUGAUAUCUUUGUAGUGUUAUAA